AUGAUAUUAGUCUGUGGGGGCUUUAAUGCAAAAAUUGGAAACGAGCAAAUGACAAACAAUGUAGCAGGAAGAUUUUCCCUACACGAGACAACAUCUGAAAAUGGUGCGAAACUAUAUGACUUUGCUACUAGUAAUCAAUUAUGGAUUAAAGGCGUUAAUUUCCUACACAAAAGUAUUCAUAAAGGGACAUGGAAAAUCACAGGAUCACACUUAUGUAACCAAAUAGACCAUGUACUGGUAGAGAAAAGGCACGCUACAUCAGUAGAAGAUGUACGAACAUAUAGAGAAACAAAUUGUGAUUUCGACCAUUACGUUGUAAAGGGCCUAACGGAAGAAAAAAUGGAUUGA